AAUCUAACAACCUUGGACGCCUCUAUUCAUAAACAUGAUGCAAACCAAGCUAGCAUUCAUGCUAGUAUUACAGAAAAGCAUGAAUACGCUCAUAGUUUUAAAAUAGCAAAAAGUGGUUUAAAAUUUACUCUUGAAAAUAGACUAGUCAAUGAAUUCAUAGGACUAAUUGUAAAAUUUAUUGAAAACCAUAGUGGUGUUGCUACUAGUGAGU